GAAAGUCUGACCUCGCAACCACCCAUCGCAACCACCACCCACCACCACUACACACGUCAACCGCCCAACCCCUUCCCACCGCAUUGUCGCAGUCAACACAUACUCUCGGCCUCAUUAUACUCUAUCUCAAAAUACAAUACUAUUGUAAAACAGAAAGAAUACCAUCCUCACUCCCUGCCGAACACACAAAACUUCAACAACUACAAACGCAGAAACAAUUCUUUGACCUCGAUCUCUUUCAGCCCACCACCCUUUCGUGACCCACCUCGAAAACACUGAGCAAAACCCUCCACUUUCUCACUUAGACGCCGACCUCUUCCUCGUCCCCACGAACCACGCAAAUACCGAACGUCCUGUCUUGGGGUAGCCCCAGCGCGACCGCUCACUGAUCACCUCGCCCCCCGACGAAUGCCCUGAACUCGGGCGGCUAUUCCUCGAUCUCUCAAUAUGUCCUCCCCAUGGAAGAACAACCAGCCCGAGGUCGUGGCCGACCGAGUCCUCAGGAGGGCUGAGGUUAGCAAGAUGGCACGCAAGUUGCAGAACCGUCUCGCCCUCGCCCAAUUCAAAGCCAAGCACGGCUGGGAAGACCUAACCCUCGACCUCAUCGAGCCGAAAGUCGACGAACACCUGCGCCGCCAGCGCCCCUCCUCCGCCGGCGACAUGCUCUCCGACACCUCCUCGAGCUCCGCCUCCGACUUCAACUACCCGCGCACAGUCCUCAGCUCCUCCCCCCUCAAAGCCCCCUUCUUCUCCGACGCCCUCGACUCCUCCAGCGGCAGCUCGGGACACAGGAAGCGCUCCUACAACGCUACCUUCCACAACCCAUCGCAGUCCACGGCACGCAAGCGCUUCCGCUCGUCACCCAGUGCUGGGCGCAGCAUGUCGCAGAGCCAUACGUCGUGGAAGGAUCAACACCAACUCUCGCAAUCCUCCCCGAUAAAGCCGAGGAAGCAACCCCACUUCACCACCUCCGCCGGGCCAAACCUCUCCUUCUUCCGCGGCGUCAGCGGCACAAUCGCCGAGGACAUCCCCUCCUCCGCCCACCCAUCCCUCGACUCAAACUCCGACUCCGACUCCGACCUCCUCCCCCUCCACUCCUUCAAACUACCUUCAAACACCAACAUCUCCCGCUCCUCCCCCCCUCGCACCCCCCCUCCCCGGCACCGCGCCAUAACCCGGCGCACCACAGCCAACGCCAACAACACCACCACAACCCUCACCACCAACAACCCCUCCCUAACCCGCAAAAGCGGCGAAGAAGGCGCAGACCUCCUCCUCUACCUCGCCACCUCCCCCUCCCCCGCCCACCCACGCUCAAACCGCAUGCACCCCCCCCAAACGCCUCCCUCAAAACCCCUCGCCCUCCCCUCCUCCAUGAUGACCACCCCCGGCGGCGGUCUCGGACUCCUCUCCGCCUUCGGUGUCGGUGGUGGCGGGCCGCACACGCCGUCGCAGACGUUUGAUUUUGCGGAUUUCGUGAAUAUUACCCCGAGUCCGGCGCAGGGGGCUUGGACGACGAGGACGCCGGCUUCGGCGUUGAGGGAGGGGAGGGGGAGGGGGGAGAUGCCGACGAGUAGUCCGAUGUUUGGGGUGGGGAGGGGGAGGAUGGGGGGGGGGUUGGGGAUGGAGUUGGGGGGGGAGUUACUUUCUUGAGCUCAGUUUUACUUUGGGCCUGGUUUUUGAUAUCAUUCACCUGUCUUUGUUAUGACAGAGAGGAAAGGGGGUUUACGGUUACGAUAACACACACACACACUACACACAACUUACCAGUCCGCGCACUUGGUCUUUUUUUACUCAACUCGACUUUGGCUAUUCUUUUGGGUUCCCCCUUUUUUGGGAGCGCCUGGUGUCUCUAGGCGCAGGCAGUUACUUGGCCUUCUUUUUUGUAUUGCUUUGCUCUGUUUUUUUGUAUAUGGGCAUCACGAACCGAGACUUAAUGCAUUUUUCUUCUUUUUGUCCUUUCUCUCACUCGCCCUCUCUGUGGGGAUUGAGGGAUGUCCGAUUUACCUUGGCUCCUCUUUUUUGGUAUCAGCAGCGGCGGCGGUGACUGACUGGCCAGCUGAAUAUGGUGGCUGUUUUGUUUAUACACACCACCCUCCUUUGAGGGAGGAAUGGAAUGGGUAGUUCGCGGUGGUAUGGUGUGGUAUGGGCGCGAACAAUUGCGCGCCCUUGAUGCGUGUGUGCGUACAGCGUGGCAUACAUGACGCGGUGGUGUUAGUUAGUUAGUCUGACCAAAUAUCCAAUCAAUCAAUAAAAUAAAUAAACAAACUUCCAGAUCG